AUGAUGAGUGGGAUCCUGAAAAGGAAGCUUGAGGAGGGCCCGUCCCCUUACCUGUCCCUGCAGGGCUCUGAUGAUGAGGUUUCCUGCAGUGACAGCGGCAACAGCAGUGAUAGUCUCAACCACCCCGUCCCCUCUGGGCUGCUGGACUCUACUCUCCAGCAGCAGUCGAAGCGACUGCGGGGCCGCAAUGUGCACUUCGAGAGCGUGACAGUCUACUACUUCAACCGCCGGCAGGGCUUCACCAGUGUGCCCACUCAGGGUGGCAGCACCUUGGGGAUGUCGCCACGUCACAGCGGGGUGAAGCGCUUCACCCUCAGGGAGUUUGCCAUGGAGCAGAAACGGAGCCACCGGAAUAUGUUGAGGGAUCAUCUCAAAGAGGAGAAACUCAAUGCCAUCAAACUCAAACUGACUAAGAAUGGCACCGUGCCCUCCGUGGAGGCGGAUACCCUGACGCUGGACGACAUAUCGGAAGACGACCUGGAUGUGGACAACACAGAGGUGGAUGAUUACUUCUUUCUCCAGCCUCUGACUACCAGGAGGCGCCGGGCCCUUCUACGCGCCUCGGGGGUCCGACGCCUCGAAGUGGAGGAGAAGCACGAGCUGCGCGCCCUCCGCAUGUCCCGAGAGGAGUGUGGGUGCCGCUGUCGGGGGAUAUGCGACCCGGUGACCUGUGCUUGCAGCCUGGCCGGCAUUAAGUGCCAGGUAAAUGGAACUGUGGUGGACCGCAUGUCCUUCCCGUGCGGCUGCACCAAAGACGGCUGCAGCAACGACACGGGGCGCCUGGAGUUCAACCCGGUCCGGGUGCGCACCCACUUCCUGCACACCAUCAUGAAGCUGGAGCUGGAGAAGAGCCGUGAGGAGCAGCAGCAGCAGCAGCAGCAUCAGCAGCCGGAGCAGCAGCUCGUAACCAAUGGCAACGGUUACCAUGGCGACUCCUCCUUGGUCCAGCAGCAGCAGCAGCAGCAGCCGAACCUGCAGUUUCCAUUGAUGAGCAGCACGCCGCACAUUCCCAUCAUGCACCUCCAGAGCGCCGGCGACACAGAUUCACAUCUAGAAGAAGAGGAGGAGGAGGAGGAAGAGGAGGAGGAUGAAGAUGAGGAGGAUGAUGAGGCUUACGAGGAAGAUGAGGACGGCAGCAGCGUCUGCAGUGGGCUGUCGGACUGCAGCACACACAGCUUGGACACCAUCGACCCCGAGGAGGAAGAGGAAGAAGAGGAAGACGAGGAGGAUGAGGAGGACGAUGAUGAUGAGGAGGAAGAUGAAGACGAGGAGGAAGACUGGGAUUGCUCGUUGCACGGAACGAGUCCUCCGCCCUACUCUGUUCCACUUCCCUCUGUGCUUAGUUACUCUAACAUGAGCCUCAGUAACCCCUUCCACAACACUCCCUCCAUGCAGCAUUAUCAGAUAGACAGCGCCGUAAAUGACACUCCUGCCUUUCUCAGUGAAAACGUCACUGUUGCCCCCACACUCCCCACACUCCCCACAGUAGAGACCGCAUUAAAGUCUGAAAUAAACCCCAAACUCCACUGCCAAACAGAGCAGCAGAGCGCUCCCUGCCAUUUCCCCAACCACGACGAUUCCCAGACGCCCCAAACUUGCUCACGCGUAGACCCCGAUGAGCGUAACGCUGCCCCUGCUGGUGCGUCCGGCGACGAACAGCCGCUCUCCAUAGACCUCCAGAACAAUCUAGACUGCCAUGACUCACAGACUGAGGCCCCGGCCGGGUCCGGGAAGCAGACAGAGGCGGAAAUAACUGAGCCGAUAGAGGAGCAACCAGGACCACAAAAGGAAGGAGACGCCGAUCAAACCACAGAAACGUCAUGCUCAAAGAGCACCUGA